GCCUUCUCUCCGUCCAUCACUCCAACCAAGAGCAUCGGCAGAGCCACCCGAGCGAGUCCUUGCACCCUCCCCUUCCCUCUCUAAGGACAGCCCGUGUCGACCCAGCCUUGGCUCAACAGUACUCUGUGCAAGCCAAUCCUGAGAAUGUCCAAGAGUCACCUUGCCAUGAACCCAGCAGCACACGCAACCGCCUCGCCGUCGCUGCUCAAGCAGCCGACCAAGUUCUCGGCACCGGCAGCAGCAACCGCUGCAGCUUUCCCGCCACUUGCUCAAUCGCAGCCCCGACCCAGAUCGCCCGUAUCCCAAGAGAACCAAAACCCACACCCAAGCAGUCACUCCGACGAAGUCAUUACCCACACCAGCAACUUGACCUUGAAGCGCAAGUCGUCCCCCAGUCUCAUCGACAACGUGCGCAUCACUCGAUCCCGAGCCAGCUUGAUGGCCGUCGACAGCGGCUCCAAUCGGUCGUCUGAAUCGAGCGAGGGGCUGUCUGCAAAGGCGUCCGAGCCUGAGCCCGAACCCGAGCCUGAGCCCUUUGCUUCCCGCAUCGGGAAGCCCACAGCUUCGAGUCUCGCCAAGAAGGCCUCUCAGAAACAGCCCCAGCCGCCAGCGCCAAAGAGCAUGAACACCUCGAUGAAGACGACUGCCGCUUCUGCCGCCGCCAAAUCGACCGUGGCCAGGCGCCCCGUUGCACAGCCGGUAUCGAGAGGCUCCACCCGGGCGGCUCCGGCUGCAGCUGCCAAACCCGCCGCGGCCGCCAAGGCAACAUCAAACGGAACCGAGACCUCCAAAUACAAAAAGCCAUCUCGAGCAGCCUGGGACACUAAGGGUCGACUGUUUGAUCUGGAGGAGCAGUAUGGACAGACAGUUGAGCAGCUCACGAGUUCCAAGGAUCAGAUCGAGUCUCUUGGCGAGGAGCUGCGGUCAAGCCGGCACCAGAUCAUGGAGCUCAUCAACUUUAGAACGAGUCUGCAAACGACUGUCCAGGUCAAAGAAACAGAGAACUCGAACAUCAUCCGAGAGCUGAACGAUCUCAAGUACGAGUACGAUACAAGCAAGCGAAAGCACACCGAUGAAAUCGAAGUGAUCCAGUCGGCACAUAAACGCGAGAUCACCAAGCGAGACGAUGAGAUCCAAGCCCUCAAGAGCACCAACGACUCGCUUUCCCGCGAUUUGAAGAGAGCCCAGCAGGAGAUUGAAACAUACAAGGAUACCCUGUCAAAGCAAGCCGCAUCGACGUACACGAUCGAAAGCGAUCUUCGAUCAACUCGCCUGAUGCUUGAGACGACACAAGGAACCCUCAAAAUCCGAGAGGAGCGCGUCGAGGAGCUGGAGAGAUCGCUUUCCAAGGCCCUGGCAGACAUCUCGAUCUUGGAAGGCAAGGUCCGGCUCGAGGAGACCAACCGCCGUAAACUGCACAACAUGAUCCAGGAGCUCAAGGGCAACAUCCGAGUGUUUUGUCGUGUCCGGCCUUCGCUCGAAUCCGAGAACGACAAAGAAUCGGCGCUCAGCCACAUCACCUUUACGCCUCAGGACGACCGAUCCAUCGAGAUCAUCCAGACUUCGGAAUCCUCCACGAGCAAGGCCAUCACCAAGAACAUUCCCUUCUCAUUUGAUCGGGUUUUCCCACCGGCAACGCAGCAGAAGGAGGUCUUUGAAGAAAUUUCACAGCUGGUUCAAUCUGCUCUGGACGGCUACAACGUCUGCAUUUUUGCUUACGGCCAGACCGGCAGUGGCAAGACAUACACGAUGGAAGGACCUGACAACGGCAUCGACAACGAAGAUUCCAUGGGAAUGAUCCCGCGAGCGGUCUGCCAGAUCUUCGAAACCGCCGAGGCUCUGAAGGAAAAGGGCUGGGAUUACUCCAUGGAGGGAGAGUUUGUGGAGAUCUACAACGAAAGCAUUCGCGAUUUGCUCAGCAACGACGAUGGCUCGCGAAAACAUGAGAUCAAGCACAACCCGCAGACUGGAAAGACGACUGUCACCGACAUUGCUUCUGUUUCGCUCAAAACCCCAAAGGCAGUCUACAAUGCGCUGAAGAAAGCCUCACAGAACCGGGCUGUUGGAGCCACGCUGUGCAACGAGCGCUCGUCGAGAAGCCAUAGUGUCUUCACCCUCAAGAUCAACGGCAAAAAUUCUUUGACCGAGGAGGUCAGCGAGGGGUUGUUGCACCUCAUCGAUCUGGCUGGAUCCGAGCGCCUGUCGUCGUCGGGUGCAACGGGCGAUCGCCUGAAGGAAACGCAGGCCAUCAACAAGAGCCUCAGCUGUCUCGGCGAUGUGAUUUAUGCCCUGGCCAACAAAGACUCUCAUGUGCCAUACCGCAACUCCAAGCUCACCUAUUUGCUCCAGAACUCACUGGGAGGCAACAGCAAGACACUCAUGUUUGUGAACAUCUCGCCGCUGCCGUCGAAUGUCCAGGAGACUCUGUGCUCGCUGCGGUUUGCCACCAAGGUCAAUGCGUGCCAAAUCGGCACGGCGCGCAAGACAGUCAAGUAGCCCCUCCUCUCCCAGCCCACGGCGGCGAUCCCUCUUCCGCACUCAAUCUGCCUGCGAGCCAAGACCGAGCUGCUGGCUCACUCUGACAUGGAAGAGGCAGAGGAGAUGCGCGAAUGGGAGGAGCCCCAGCGAUCUGAGUUGAUGUCUCGAUAGAACCCUCGCAAUACGAAGCCAGACACUCAAUGUUCAUCGUUCAUUUAAUCAUUUGGAUGGAGAAUACACACAUCCAUUGUUCACAA